UAUAACGACAGUCUUACCCGGCGUCUCGUAUAAAUCAGUUGUACGCAUCUGCCUAUCAAGUAAUUCUCCUCAGCAAGUUAUAUACAAAUAGAGAAUGGCCGACGUAAAUAAGGCAACAGCAAACUCCGCCACCGAUGCUCCUCGCCUCGAGGUGCUAGAUCGAGUGAAAAACAUUCCGGUGGUCCAUUCGGCGAUUGAGAAGACGGGAUCUACAUAUUCUUACGUUAAGGAUUCUCAUCAUCUGGUAAAUUGGGCUCUGAGCUAUGCCGAGGCAGGGCUGCAUUAUGCGACCGCUACGGCCGUACCGCUUGCUGCACCCUUGGCCAAGAAAUUCGAAGGACAGAUCAAUGCCGUCGAUCAGAAGCUAUGCGAAGGAUUGGACAUAGUCGAACAAAAAGUUCCGAUCGUGAAGAAACCACCUCAGCAGAUAUACGACGCCGCCAAAGCGGUUAUGAGCAGUUCCCUACAGCCUACCAUCGAGAAACUUAACACGGCAAAGGAAUCAGCCACGCAACAGGCAUCUACGCUGAAAGAGAUCAGUAUAACUAAAGCGAACGAGCUCCUAAGCACGCAGUACGGAAACAUGGCUGUACAAGGCGUUGACAAUACCAGCGUGCUCGUCAAUCGUUUAUUGGACCAUUACUUCCCACCGGUCGAGGGAGAAGAGAAUGCGCCAAGUCCCGUCUCCGCGGAUGAGAACAAAGUGCUUCACGCGGUACAAACGAUUGGUCAGCUGUCAUCGAAAACCGCUAAUCGUGUUUACCAUUCGGUUUCCGCGCAAUUGAAGACAGUAAAGAAGGAAGACGUAGCAACGUACAUAUCCAGCGUAGUGGAAAUUCUCCAUCUUACGCAAUAUUUGAACCUUGGGCAGAAACAAACGGAUGAGAAGGAAACCAACAGCCCGACAGAGAACAAGGACGAGGAGAAAAAAUAAACCGAAAGUUUAAAGACGCUUUAUUUGUUCGAUGAGUUCAUACGCGUUUAAAUCGAGCAUAAUUUAAUUAAUUGGUUACGCACUAUGAAGAAAAAUA